AUGCGCCGCAUGACCUACGCUGAAGCUGCGGCUGGUGCUGCCGGAACCAACAGCGACCACCACCAGCAGCAACAGCAAGCCUCGACCGGAACCAGCCCCUCACUGUGCAGUGCUGAAUCCUCUCGAGAUUAUGGGAAAGACGGAAGAUUCGCAGCAAGCCGCGGCAGCUCCCGCGAAGAUCUACCAAGCGCUGGAUCGUUAUGUUUCAAUGCAGCACAUCCAGCAAUAUCGCCAGUGGGGGCGAAUCCGGGAACUGUGAAAUUUCUGAAAGAGCGCUACGAGCGCCAGGGCUCGGAGAACGGCCUGACCAACGUGCCGCGCCUGCGGCUGCCGAGUUCUGCACAGUCUUUCUCAUCGUCCUGUUCUGCAGGGGCACCACGAGGAGCGGAAAGCCGCAACAGUACAGAUGAUGCGAAGCACUGGGAGGUAUUGGCCGAUGCAGAAGCUUGCGCCGAGAUUAUAAAGCAGCUGCUUCUGGAAAAGCAGCAGCUCCAGCAGCAGGUGGACUAUUUGUGGAAUCAGAAAGAGGCUUUCCGCUGUGCCAAUGAAAGAAUGUCAAAGGUUUUGUUGCGACAGCAGCAGCAGCCAGCUGCCGCGCUUGCCGCAGCCGCAGAGGCCGUCGGCGCGACACCUAGAAAGGACCUCGCUCGCCGCUGUGUAACCGUCGUGCCAUCCGGAUGUCUCACGGCAAGGGGCCCUGUGGGCCCGCGAUUGAACUUGGGGGCUCUUCGAGAGAAGUGCGAAGAUCGUGCAGGUCUUGUUGGGGUCAAAGAGCAUCAGAGGCAAAACGCGUUGCAGCAUCCACCCGAGAAAGGGAAGCAGCCCAAGAAGCCGGUGCCUCUGCCCCAGAAGCAACAAAACAAAUUAGCCGGCAUUCCAGGCAUGGCCCCCCUGAAUUUGGAGGCUUUGCAGCGCUCAGGGGGCAGUCACGUGAGCGGUGCUGUUGCGACUGCGAAUACUGACUGCAGGGGGCUCCCCUCUAGGAGCCUCCGCACGGGGGGCCCUUUGACGUGUCGGGCCCCCUUGGCCUGGAGUGCUCUAAAAACACCGAGGCGGAGGUUUGGAGAUGGAGUUAUAUCAGCCCGUGCAUCAUCGGGAACCUGGCAGCGAAGGGGGCCUGGCGAUGAAGAGGAGCAGCAGCACAGAGCAAUCGAAAAAGCCCUUAUUACUUCUCUGCGUUCAAUGAAUAUUUUGGGGUCCUUUGGUCGCGGUGGAGCGAACGGUAGCCGGAAAUGCAGCAAGACUGCUGCUGGUGCAAACUGGGAGCCCACACCCGAAGUGGCGCUGACCCACUGCACGAGUACACCCGAUAAAGGAUUCUGGCACUCGACCUUUCUUUGCGUCCUGAAGAUUGAGGGCACGGACUUUUUUCUUGACGCUGUCCAGCAGCCGCUGCAGCAACAGCACUCCCUGCGGCACUCCCACAGCAGCGCCAGCAAAUUCUUAAGCAGUCUGAGCUUGGCGGCCGACCCAGCAGAUGGCCACGCAAUGAAUGGGGCUCGUAUUUUGGCUUCGAAAGAGACAGCAGGUGUGUUUGAGGUUUGUGUCCGUCACUUGCUGACAGAUGACAAUUGGGUGCGAUCCCUUUGCAUUUCAAUGUAUUGGGGCCUUACCUCUGUGGUAGACCCCGCCGAGCUGCCUCCUGACCAAACCCUCCAGCACGGCCUGAGCAUGGAUGAAACUCAGGCAGGUGCGCUUGAGGACCGCUGUGUGAGCUCCAUCACAUCGGAGUCCGGCAGAGAGGAAGAGGAAAUGGUUGGCGGGGCAGGCGAUAGCAAUGGCAAGAACAAGCUGUGGAGUGGCUGGGACUUGGUAGCCUUAAUGUAUCAGCGAAGUAUCGACGCAGGGGGCACACCGAUCCCAGGCAAAGAAGCCAGUCCUUCCACGGGCCUAUAUGUUUCCUCACGGGUUCCAGACGCUUCCGAAGCCGGUUCUUCCCCUAGCGGCAGCAGCAGCACCGGCAGCACUAUCACCAAAAACAGCAGCAACAAAAACAAUGACAUUGGCUACGGCCUUGGCUGCAGCAGCACCACUGCAGACAUGCGGCGGGCAGAACCCUAUUCAGCGAUGAACCAGCUACUGCUCCAGAAGGGGCCAGCAGCAGAACAGGUAUUCAUCGUUAGGGCAAAGGACCGACACACCGGAGUGAUGCCUCUCUUCCACAGGUCAACUCAAAAAUACCUCCAUGUACACCCCACUAUGGGCCUUGUGGGUCUUGUACCUCCCGUAAUAGAACAGGAAAAGCAGAUGCGACUGCUGCAGAAAUCUGAGCACCAGCAUAACAAAAGAUCACGGAGGCGGUUGAAGGCCAGGACACCACUGGAGAACCUGCAACAACAGCAAGAGGGAAGCAACUGCAACGUGAGUAGCUCCGACCAGAACACCGCCGAAACGAAACAGGAGCCGGUAACUCCAGACAUGUUCUUGCGGCCAUGCAGAGUAGAAAUGAUACCUCUUGCAGAUUUGCUGCUGCAGCAAUCGGUUCAACGACUUCUCUCGAGCGUACAGGAAACAGUGCCACAGAAGCAGCCGGAGGAAACCUCUUGGGAGGGUUCUGGGGACACUGGCCCAAAGGCGCCUGCCGACUCUGCAAGCAGUUGCAGCCACAGCCGCAGCUCCUCAGAUCAGGAAGAUAGCUUUGACGGAGUUGUUGCUUCGGAAGGUGUUGGUUCGCUCGACCUUGGCAGCUGCAAAGAUAGCCGUCACCCGUUAGUGCCCCCUCUUGGUUUUUCCUCGACCGUCGCACAGCCGACAUGCUUAUCACCAGCCCAGCAGCAGCCGGUAACCCUUGAAUUUCAUCUUGAUGACGAAGGAGUAGACACAGACAUGGAAGGAGAGGGCGUCAGACGCUGUGGCAGCGAUCGUAGUAGCGAUAACAAGACGGCGUAUGUUGAUGUCAUAAAGAGCUGUCUGAGCGGUGGUGCCGAGGGGCUUCUCACCUCGUCCGUCCCUGCAGCUGAAGCUGAAAAGAAGUCGAGACAUCUUUGUAGCGUGAUGCAUUUAACAGCUUUGUUUAAUGGGUGCAUCCAAGCUGAAUAG